AUGCUAGAACUAGACGUGGCUUCGUUGAGCCUUGCAGACUUAUCAAUGCUCGAAAAUCUGCCAUUGGACAUCCUGCUCAUCAUUCUGUCAUAUCUGAAAACGGCCAGAAGCGUGGCGAGCCUUGCAUCCACAUGCAAGAAGCUUCACGCUGUGGUUCGGACUGAUGGGUGGCGCAUAUUUCUGAGGAGCCAUUUCGAGAGCCUAGCGCUGCCUCAAAGCAUGAAGGACGAAGAAUGUAUGGGCUGGACGAGGGACGUGACAGGGCAGUCCCGUGCAUGGGAUCGACGUGCAUUCUCGGUAGCAUCGUUCAUCCCACCCGUCAAGAAACCACAUGCCACGAACGGUCAUGGCGGUCGGUUUAGGACACAGACCUUCCCACCUCACAUCAUCGUGGAUGCGACCUCGAAGUUGACGGGAAGUACCGUAGCGGAGACGAUAGUUUGGGGUGCAGGAGAAGAUCUUGUGAUUUGGCGGAAACGGCUGGGACGUUUCACGCCAAGGAGGGAGGAAUCUUGGACGUCUGUGGAAGGCGCCGUAAUGGGUUUCGCCAGCGGGAAGGAUGAUGUGACAGCUCUUUCUAUCGUCAACGAUACCUCUAACCGCGUCAACUUCUUAGUUGGUAGAGCAAGCGGCUAUCUACAACUUUUAUCAACAGGCAAGAAUAACUCUAUACGUUCGGCAGUCCACUUCCAACCUAUACCAUCUGAGGGACGGGUACCGCUGGAGCAGAAGGAGAUACAACACCUGGACAUAAAUAAUGGGAAAGACACAGCGGCUGUCAUCACCAAGGAUAGCUUGUUCUUCUACCCACUGAACGACCCAUCGUUGGUCUCGGCAGAUCAGAAUAAUGGCUCCUCUGAUGCCAUCGUUGCGCCGAAGGAGGCAGUCAGUGUGAGAAACAUGGAAAACUCCAAACAGUUCAGAUUUCUCAAGGCAGUGCGUUUCAUGGGUAAUGGGGACCUGGCUCUAGGCAUGACCUACAGUCCCGAGCCUCUACGAUAUCUCAAAAGAACCCCAUCAGGAGUCCAGAUUAUCAACGCGGCCAAGUUGCGGUCUUCGAGACGUUGUACAGAGUCUUAUGUCUAUGAUGUCGGAUAUGAGCAAUCUAUUCGUGAUAUUCUGCCGUUGAGUACGGCGUCUAUCGCUGGAGGAGGGGGCAACGUUACACUCAGCUCGUAUGACGACGCAACUAUUCGCCUGCAAGAUCUCCGGAGUCCUUCUCCAAUAGACACGAUUUAUCAGGACCACUUCGAGGUAUCAGCGCCCGUAGGUCCUCUUGUUUCGCACGGAAUGGAAAGGUUCGUUGCCGGAAGUGCCCGCACCGCGACUCUUAAGAUCUUCGACUUCAGAUGGACCAAAGGAUAUGUCUAUACGGACGCUCUGCCAUGCGGAGUACAACCACUUGUACCCACGCCGAAACCACCAACCAUGGCAUACUGUCCACACUCCACAGACGUCGCCAAAUGCAACCACCGGUCCGGUGUUCUGUGCAACCGCCAUAUACUAGCUAGGUCAGACUUUUACAGGCCGAACUGCACUAUCUAUCUCCCUCCCACCCAGCAAUCAGUAUCACCAGUCUACUCUCUGGCUAAGCCAUCGGAUUUGUCGUCGACCAUAUAUGCAGGGCUCACUGGGGAGCUUGUGCAAAUGAGCCUCAGAGACCAAGGAGAGCAUCCGCGUCAGCGUCUUCACAUGCAGCGCACGGACAAGAAGCACCGAAGCGGGUACAGCUAUCAGGAAAGCCCGAUCAGCAUCAUCGAGACAGGUGAUGGUAUUGCUUUGCACGAUAUCACCAAGAGUCAGAGGAUGCCGGAGAUGCACAAGCAAAAUUACAAGAAUUACAGGGGACCUCUACCGGUCGCAAAGAUGAGGGCGCAUCGGCUCGACGAUCUAUAUCUCCGGGGAUAG